AUACCAUUUUCACGUUCUCCACAGCCAAACAAAGCAAAAAAAUGGUGAUCUCUUUGCUCUGUCUUUGCUUCAUUACUUUCUUUACAUCAAUCUUUCUCGUUAAGAAGAUUAAACAAUUCAAAUGGAAUCUCCCUCCAACCCCUCCUACGUUCCCAGUCAUCGGAAACUUACACCAAAUCGGAGAACUGCCUCACAGGUCACUUCAAAGUCUAGCCCAAAGAUUCGGACCAGUGAUGCUUAUUCACUUUGGGUUUGUACCUGUGGUUGUAGUCACAUCUAAAGAAGCAGCUGAAGAAGUUCUCAGAACUCACGACCUAGACUGUUGCAGCAGGCCUAAGCUCGUGGGGACAAGGCUACUCUCACGGGACUUUAAAGAUGUCGGUUUCACGCCAUACGGUGAAGAGUGGAAGGUGCGUCGCAAGUUUGCUGUCCGUGAGCUUUUCUGUCUUAAAAAGGUUCAGUCCUUUAGACAUAUAAGAGAGGAAGAAUGUAACUUUCUUGUCAAGAAACUGUCGGAAUCUGCCGUGGAUCAAACUCCGGUUGAUUUGAGCAAAACCCUUUUUUGGUUAACUGCGAGUAUCUUGUUUAGGGUUGCCUUAGGACAGAACUUCCACAAGAGCAAGUUUAUUGAUAAAGAAGAGAUAGAAGAGCUUGUGUUUGAAGCAGAGACUGCCCUAGCUAGUUUCACUUGUUCUGAUUUUUUCCCUGUUGCUGGACUUGGAUGGCUUGUUGACUGGCUUUCUGGACAACACAAGAGGCUCAACGAUGUUUUCUUGAAGCUAGAUACUCUGUUUCAGCAUGUCAUUGAUGACCAUUUGAGUCCUGGAAGAACUAAAGAUCAUGAAGACAUCAUUGAUGCAAUGUUGGAUGUGAUUCAUAAACAAGGCAAAAAUGAUUCCUUGCAGCUCACGGUAGAUCAUAUCAAGGGCUUUCUUGCGAAUAUCUUUCUAGCAGGGAUAGACACAGGGGCCAUCACCAUGAUAUGGGCAAUGACGGAGCUUGCUAAAAACCCUAAACUGAUGAAAAAAGUUCAAGACGAGAUAAGAGAGUGCCUUGGCAACAAUAAGGAGACAAUCACUGAAGAAGAUGUCGAUAAAGUUCCUUACUUGAAGCUGGUAAUAAAAGAAACAUUUAGAUUACAUCCUGCAGCUCCUCUUAUACUCCCAAGGGAAACAAUGUCACACAUGAAAGUUCAAGGCUAUGAUAUUCUUCCCAAGACACGGAUCCUGGUCAACACUUAUGCGAUAGGAAGAGAUCCUAAACUCUGGACAGAACCCGAAGAGUUUAACCCUGAGAGGUUUAUUGAUAGUCCUGUGGAUUAUAGAGGACAACAUUACGAGCUCUUACCAUUUGGGUCUGGUCGAAGGAUGUGUCCUGGGAUGCCCAUGGGGAUCGCUACUGUUGAGUUAGGACUCUUGAACUUACUUUACUUCUUUGAUUGGAGAGUUCCUGAUGGAAUGACACAUAAGGAUAUCGACACAGAAGAAGCUGGUACUCUUACCACCGUCAAGAAAGUACCUCUGAAGCUUGUACCAGUUCGAGUUAUUUGAUCA